GGGGAAUGUGAUGCCAUCAAAGAUAUGACUUCUGAACAUGGAAUAGGUCUAUAGCAGACACAGAUUCAAUAAGAGCAUCAUGAUAUUUUUAGUGUUAUUUAGUGUGUUGCUUGGAGUAUGGAACUGUAGGUCACAAAUGAUCCUGAAUGACAUGUCCUGGAUCAAUACCUGUCCAUCUGAAUGUGAAUGUCAAUACUCACAAUCAUCACAAAUGUUUUUGUCCAAAUGGAAAACGGAAAACAAUGACGAGCACCUAAUCAAGAGCGCAGUGUGCGUUUUUAAUAAUCACAACAUCAACUUCACACACAGACUUUCUGACGACAUCGAAUCAAUCACAUUUCUUCAAGAAAACGACACACAAACAAUAUUCACCAACGACAUACUGAAGCAUUUCCAGAAAGUUCAAAGCAUUGAUUUGCAAGGAUCGCUCAAUAGUGCAACAGUUCACAUCACGAAUAGUGUGUUUCACAACCUCGAACACCUGAAGUUUUUGGCACUCCAAAGAGUGGACAUGACAGGAGCACAAAAAGCUUUUGCAAAGCUGUCGGAGUUGGAAGUCCUAUACGUUAUCCAUUGCACAAUUGGAUAUCUGAAAUGGGAAAUGCUGGAUGGCCUACUGAAACUCAAAGAACUUUAUCUACUACAAAGCGGAAUCAAAGAGCUGUACGGAUUUGCAUUCUACGGAACACCGGAACUAAGGCGACUGUUUCUGUCGCACAACGAUCUGCUGUCAGUCGAUGCUGACGCAUUUGUUGGUCUGCUGAAGUUAGAAUAUCUAGAUUUGAGCAAUAACCAAAUUGAUCAUUUAUCAGGUUUAACGUUCCCUCCUCUGCCACAUCUACAAUGGUUAGAACUGAAGCACAAUCCGAUAAAAGUCAUAUUCCCCCACUGCUUCCAAUUCCUGAAUGGAACUCAACAUCUAACCUUAGGGCACAAACAGCAGCCAGUCCAUCUGAUGAAAUUCAGUUUCCGUGGUCUGUAUUCUCUUAAGUUCCUACACAUUCCCAACAUAGACAAUGACAUACUGAUAGAACACAUGUUUUAUGACUUGCGUGCACUGAUGCACUUAAACUUGCAAGGAAGAAUAAAAAUCAUAAAUAACAGAGCAUUCAACGGAGCGCACAAGUUGUUGAAGAAAUUAAUCUUGCACAAUUGCCAAUUGCAAAAAUUGUAUAAAGAUUCAUUUCAUGGCUUAGAAGUUUUGCAGGUUUUAGAUUUAUCUUUAAACAAUUUGCAGAGUUUGGAAGAGGAAACAUUCAGACAUCUAAAAUCCAUCCGACAUAUUCUGUUACAUAAUAACAAAUUGAAGCAAAUGCCGAGUGAACUAUUCUUUGAAAACCAUCAACUGCAAGCUAUUUCUUUACAUGGAAACCCUUGGAAUUGUUCAUGCAACAUGAAAGAUUGGAAAGAAAACAUCGUUAUGUCGAAUUAUAUAGAGCCAAUUGCUGAAAACUGCACAAAUCAAUACAACUGCACUGAGGAAAUGGUACCCAUAACUGAUAUAAACACAUCGCCUGUCUGCGAAAGUCCAGUUAUUUACAAAGGAGAAGAGUUAUUCACAGUUCUAAAAAGAUUAAACUGUCAAUGAAAAUGAAAAAUAAAUUUCAAACAGUUUUGAACAAUAUAAAGUGUUAGAUAAACAAAUGCUUUGGUUAAUUGUAAUAGUACAUGGCAAUAUACUUGUUCUAUGUUUUUCAGUCUAAGUAAAACAAUGACCUUCAGUGAAGUGAAGACAACCUUAAUAAAGCGAAGGUCAAUGAAUAAAAAAGUACCUUUCCUUAUUUCAGUAACAAUCAAAUCUAACAAUGUCUUACAUAACUAACAAGUAAUCCUCCCCAAAUGUCACUCACCGAUUGGAAUAAAACAUUGCACUCAGAUAGAAUACAUAAAAAUGUUAAACCUGUGGCUUUUCUUUUUUUUUUGGCAAUAAACACUUUUAACGGUGGGAAAUGCACCCUUAAAUAUUGUGUUACUGGGACAAUAGAAAGUGCAAUACACUACAUAAUUCUUUUAUUUUAAAGUUUAACAGUAAAAUUCAAGCAACGAAUAAAAAUUUCAAAAAAUUAUACUUUAUAACAAGAAAACAAACAAAAGUUGAAGUAUUUCAGAAUGUUUCUGAAAAAAUUUUUUACCCAGAGAGAAGGUUUAAUCUACAAAAUAGAAUUUACAGAAAAUCCUAAAGCAUGCAAACUUAAGUUUGUUUUUCAUAUUGUAAAAUAACAUUUUUUUUCUUUUGAAUACUUAAUCAUUCUUAACUUUUUGUAAUUAAAAUUUAAAGCAUAAGAACAUAUUGCAUCCUCUAAUAUUUGAACAACGAAAUUUUUAAGGGGUGAAUCUCAUCCGUCUAAAAGUGUCUAUUACUGAUUUAUAAAAAAAAAAAAAAAAACAAGAGUUUAAUAUUUCAAAGUGUACUAUCCAAAGUUUUAUUCCAAAUAAUUUAGUGACCUUUGGGUAUGGUUAUUUGUAAAUGUAAGGGACGACCAUUAUGACAUAACUUUUAAUAUUUAUAAACAUGUAAUCAACAAAUUAUCAAUUUUGUGCUUAUAUAAUAAAAUGUA